CUCUCUCUCUCUGUCCUCUGUCUCUUGCCCCAUUGCUUGUGAGCUCUCUCUGCAGAUAAGACGAACUGUCGAAGUCUUCCUUAUCGAAGACUCAGAGCAGUGACUUGUUGACAGUUAACGAUUCAAACGCUCUCCCUUUGGCCAUGGAGGCGUCAAUUUUUUCCGCAUUGUCACUAAAUUUUCGGAUUAGUAAACCUAGUUUUUUUGGCAAUGGAAACGUUGUUGAUAUCAGAGAGCUUAGUAGCUUGGCAUGUUCAUGUCUAAAUCAUGUUCGAAUCCAUCAUCGCCUUUCUUUAGCUUCACCAAAGCAACACAAUUUGGUUUUAGAUGGCAGUUUUGAAAGAGAAAUCAAGAUCAAAGUUUCUCCUGGUUGCCACUGUCUCAAUUUGCGUACUGGAAUGUUCACUCCCUUCAGACAAGCUUCCCAUCAACUAUUUAUGAAGCCAUUUCGAGUUAAAAGUGAGGACUCAGAGGGAACACUAAGUGGGGAAAGCAUCAUAAUAAAUGAGCAGACCUUAGAGCAGGAAUUACAGACUGCCAUUGAAGAGGAGAACUAUGCGCAAGCAGCAAAAAUCCGGGAUAACCUCCGACUUCUCCAGGAGGAUAGCAAGGCUUCAGUACUAGCAGCAAAUGCUCGGUUUUACAACUCAUUCAGGAAGGGGGAUCUGGCUUCUAUGCAAGGUCUAUGGUCAAAGGGGGAUAAUGUGUGUGUUGUGCACCCUGGUGUGAGUGGCAUAUCUGGUUAUGAUCUUGUAUUGGGGAGCUGGGAAUAUGUAUGGGCAGACUAUGAAUUUCCACUGAAGAUUGAGAUUGAGGAUGUUCAAGUUCACGUUGGAGGUGAUGUCGGGUAUGUUACUUGCACUGAAAUGGUUAAGACUAAGGGUAGCAGCCGGGGAAAGCAAUUUGCGACGAAUGUGUUUGAGAAAAUUAAUGGUCAAUGGUUUAUCUGUAUUCACCAUGCGUCUUCAUUUAUAGACUUGUGAUCAGAAUGCGUCAUUGUAUUAAUGCAUGCUAUGGGAAAUAGCUUUUGUGUAUGAGUUCUUGAUUACCUCCAUGCCAGAAUAUCACAAAUUUUGAAGUAACUCCUCCUUUACAGACAAGAAUAGCAGUCUUUUAUCACUC